CAGGACAUGAGCUAGAGCGAAGUCAGGAGACGUCCGUCAUUCCCUGCUCACCCAUGUCCAGCUCGGGGAGCCCCCUUCCUGGCCACAGAACCAUGCCCGCGCCCAGCCUGCCACCUUUCCCGGUGCUGAGGACCCGGCCCCACAUUCUGCUCCACAUCCUAACCCUGAUGCUGGGAGCCGUCCAGGGCCUCUUCCCAGAAGAGCCUCAACCCCUCGCAGUGGCCCCGCGGGAUUACUUAAAGCAGUACCCAGUGUUCACAGGCAGCGGGCCAAGCCGCUUCCCUCCAGCCUCCAGUGCCGAAGGGCUCAACAUUCAACGUAUGCUUCGGGUCAACAGGACCCUGUUCAUUGGAGACAGGGAUAACCUCUACCGAGUAGAGCUGGAGCCACCCACAGCCAGUGAACUGCGCUACCAUCGGAAGCUGACCUGGCAAUCAAAUCCAAAUGACAUUAACAUCUGUCGAAUGAAAGGGAAGCAGGAGGGCGAGUGCCGUAACUUUGUGAAGGUGCUACUGGUUCGAGAUGAUAACACCCUCUUCGUGUGUGGGUCCAAUGCUUUCAACCCCAUCUGUGCUAACUAUAGUAUGGACACCCUAGAGCCUCUGGGAGACAACAUCAGUGGCAUGGCCCGAUGCCCCUAUGACCCUAAGCAUGCCAAUGUCGCCCUCUUCUCCGGCGGGAUGCUUUUCACAGCCACGGUCACCGACUUCCUGGCCAUCGACGCUGUCAUCUACCGAAGUCUGGGCGACAGCCCCACACUCCGCACAGUCAAACACGAUUCCAAGUGGUUCAAAGAGCCUUAUUUCGUCCAUGCCGUGGAAUGGGGGAGUCAUGUGUAUUUCUUUUUCCGAGAGAUUGCCAUGGAAUUCAACUACCUAGAGAAGGUUGUGGUGUCUCGUGUGGGCCGUGUAUGCAAGAAUGAUGUGGGUGGCUCCCCUCGAGUAUUGGAGAAGCAAUGGACGUCCUUCCUGAAAGCCCGACUCAACUGCUCUGUGCCCGGAGACUCCCACUUCUAUUUCAACGUUCUCCAAGCAGCCACUGGCAUCCUCAAUUUAGGAGGCCGUCCUGUGAUCCUGGCUCUCUUUUCUACCCCCAGUAACAGUAUCCCCGGAUCCGCUGUCUGCGCCUUCGACAUGGGCCAGGUGGCCGCUGUCUUUGAGGGCCGUUUUCGAGAACAGAAGUCACCCGAGUCCAUCUGGACCCCAGUGCCUGAAGAGCUAGUACCCAAGCCCCGGCCUGGGCUCUGUGCAGCCCCUGGAAUGCCCUACAAUGCUUCCAGUGCCUUCCCUGAUGAGAUCCUCAACUUUGUCAAGACCCACCCCCUUAUGGACGAGGCCGUCCCUUCCCUGGGACAUGCCCCCUGGAUCGUGCGCACCCUUGCCCGGCACCAGCUGACCCGGGUGGCUGUGGAUACCAGUGCAGGGCCCUGGGGGAACCAGACCGUUGUCUUCCUGGGUUCUGACACGGGCACCGUGCUCAAGUUCCUAAUCCGACCUGGUACCAGCCCCCGGGGUCCCACUGAACAGAGUGUCUUCUUGGAAGAGUUUGAGACCUACCGGCCCGACAGGUGCGGGCGUGGCCCUGAGGAGAGCCGGAGGCUGCUGAGCCUGGAGAUUGACCCCACGGCGGGUGCCCUGCUCGUAGCCUUCCCUCGAUGUGUAGUCCGUGUGCCAGUGGCCCGCUGUCAGCAGCACUCGGGCUGCAUGAAGAACUGCAUUGGCAGCCAGGACCCCUACUGUGGCUGGACACCAGACGGUUCCUGCAUCUUCCUGGCCCCAGGCACCAGGGCUACCUUUGACCAGGAUAUCUCUGGAGCUAGCACAUCUGGCUUAGGGGACUGUACUGGGCUCCUUCGGGAAAGCUUCAUGGAGGAGCGGGCUGGCCUCGUGUCCGUGAACCUGCUGGUGACUUCCUCGGUGGCUGCCUUUGUCAUCGGGGCCGUGGUCUCGGGCUUCAGCGUCUGCUGGUUCGUGGGGCACCGGGACCGCCGGGAGUUGGCUCGCCGCAAGGACAAGGAGGCGAUCCUGGCGCACGGCGGGGAGGGCCAGGUGGUGAGCGUGAGCCGCCUGGGCGAGCGGCGUGGGGGGGCGGGGCCCCGGGCCGGGCCCCCGGAGACGCUGCUGGCCCCGCUCAUGCAGAACGGCUGGCCCCAGGCAGCCUUGCUGCAGGCCGGGCAACACGAACUCGCCUCGGGCCUCCUGCCCACGCCGGAGCAGACGCCGCUGCAGCAGAAGCGCUGCCCCAGCGGCCUGCAGCGGCGGGCCUGGGAGCAGAGUCCGGGUGUCCUGCACACCGCCCUCCGCGACCCCUCCGGAAACGCCUCGUCCCUCGGUGCUGCCUCUUCCUCAUCUUCCAUCAUUCUGCUUCACCCUGGCGGUGGCGGCCACGGGCCAGACCCCGAAGCGGGGGGCGAUGUGCGUUUCCUGCCCUCGGCCAUGGCGGGAGGCCGGGACCAAGGGGGCGGCGGGGCUCCCUCCCAAGGCAGGCCGGGCCGGGCCUCGUACGUCGAGUUCCCCAUCACGCCCCACGCCAGCCCCGAUCGGCGGCGGGUAGUCUCAGCACCUACGGGCCACCUGGACCCAGCCACUGACAGCCUCUCCCGGCCCUGGAGCCCUCCCACGGGGAGCCUGACGAGGAGCGGCCACAGUGGCCACGCCGCCCCGGCCCUGCGACGCACCCACACCUUCAACAGCGGCAGCGGGGAGAGUCGCCCCGGGGAGCCUCACCAUGCCCGCCGCCCCCGCCCGCUCACAGACUUCGCCCGCUUACUCCCCUACGGGCCCGAGAGGACUGCACCCCCUGUGCAGUAAAGAGUCGGGGGACACCGCCCAUCAAUGCCCCCCAAAAUCGUCCUGGCCUCCACUUCCCUGGCGAGGGGACCCAGGCAUCGCCCGCCAGCUCGGGCACAGGAAGAAGCUGGCCGGGCAAAAGAUGGCCCCCAGCCCUCAUUAAAGCGACAGCCAGCCCUGGUCCUCCUCAGAGCGGGGUGCUCAUGGGAAGUUAGGGUUCCUUCUCACACCUGCCCAACGCGUCACCCCCAGGGAGCUACACAAGAAGCACAAGAGAGUUCAUCCCUUCCCUUGGGGGUCGGAAGAAGCUGUGCCGGUCUGGGGUGGGAAGGAUUUGGAGUCAGAGGGUCUGGGUUCCAAUCCAGGCUCUGCCUCUGACUAGCUUUGUGACUGUGGGCAAGUCAUCUCACCUCUUUGGGCCUCGGGCCCUGUAAAAUGAGGGACUAGAUCGGACUAGAUGGUGUCUUCAGGUCCCUUCCAGCUCCAAGUCCUCUGACCCCUAUGUUUGGAGGCUGGUCUAUAAUUUCUUAUCUGCCAUUCUCCUGAUUGAUUUUCUUUUUUCUUUCUCUUUUUUUAAUGAAUUGCACAAUCUCAGGCUCAGUGGGACAGGCCAAGGAAUUGCCCCCAUGUGCAGGGGCCAUGGCCUGGGCAGAGCCUCCCCUCCCCUGCCCCCCUGGGUAUCUCUCCCUUCCCCCCCAACGUCCCCCUCGGCCAGGGGUCCUACGAGUGGGGUGUGUGUGUGUGCGUGCGUGUGUGUAUGUGGGGGGGUUGGUGGGUCGGUAUAUGUGUGUGUGAGCGUGUGCAUGCCCGUGUCCAUUUUGGAGGAAGGGGACAGUGGGAGAGGGUGUGCCUGUCCACAGGGGCUGCUGCUGGAAUGUUGGGGUCAUGGGUCUGUCUCAGACAAGGGGGUGCAGAUCCAGGCUGCCGGGACCCAUCUGGGGAGGUUUCUAGCAGGAGAUCCAGGCUCCACGGGGCUCGGAUGUGGCAGAGGAGCAGUUCUGAGGUGGGAUGCCAACCCAGCCUCCCCACCUCACCCCCCCAAUCCCUCACUCCAUGCUCCAGACGCUGCAGCCAUUGCUGCCUAAAGGGCUCGGGUUUGGUGUGGCUCAGGGGAGAGGGUCCUGGGGGGGUCAGGGCCCAUCGCCAUGCGCCCCUGUAAAUAGGGCCCCGGGGCGGGGAGAGGGUCCCCAACACCUCCCAUCCUCUCGUGACCUGUGACCUUCCACCUUUGACCUACAGGUCAUGCAUGCAACAGCUGUGCUCUGUAUUAACUCUGGAAAUUAGCCCUCUCCCCCCACCCCCAAAUAAAACUCUGUUUACAACA